UCUGGAGACACACUGAGCAAAAUGGAUGGAGGCAAUCAGUCUGCAGUGUCAGAAUUUAUACUUUAUGGACUUGCACACUCACAGACUAUUCAGGUCUUUCUCUUUGUGAUGUUUUCAAUACUUUAUCUUCUCAUUGUGUCUGGAAACAUUGUCAUCAUUGUCUUAAUUACUACUGACCGGCAUCUACAAUCUCCCAUGUAUUUCUUGCUGGCCAACCUGUCUUUUAUUGAUAUGUGGCUUUCUUCAGUCACCACUCCUAAGAUGAUAACAGACUUUCCAAGGGAAAACAAGACCAUUUCCUUUGUAGGCUGCAUAUCCCAGGUCUUCUUUGCUCAUUGCAUUGCUGCAAGUGAGAUGGUGUUGUUGGUUGUAAUGGCUUAUGAUCGCUAUGUGGCCAUCUGCAAACCACUCCACUACUUCACCAUUAUGAACCUGAAAAGAUGCACUGCGUUGGUGUCCAUUUCUUGGACUACUGGCUUUGUGCAUGCAAUGAGUCACCUGGUAGUGAUUGUGGAGCUGCCUUUUUGUGGUCCCAAGGAAAUAGACAGCUUUUUUUGUGACAUGCCAUUGGUGAUUAAGCUAGCUUGCAUGGAUUCUCAUGAUUUGGACAUUCUAAUGAAUGCUGACUGUGGAGUUGUGGCUGUAACUUGCUUCAUUCUGUUGCUCAUUUCCUAUACAUACAUCCUAAUCAGUGUCCACCAGAGUUCCAAAUCUGGUGCAUCUAAGGCUCUGUCCACUUGUAGUGCCCACAUCACAGUGGUGAUGAUAUUUUUUGUGCCCUGCAUCUUCAUUUAUGUGUGGCCACUUAAUAUUAUCUGGCUGGAUAAAUUUCUUGCUGUAUUUUACUCUGUUUUUACACCUCUCCUAAAUCCAGCCAUUUAUACACUGAGAAACAAGGAGAUGAAAAACGCUAUGAAAAGAUUCAUAAGCAAAUACCUUGGUUCCAAAUGAAAUCCCUAAUAUCUAGAAAAAUAAACUAGUUACUUCAAAUAAUGAGACUAACUAUAUGAAAUACAU